AUGGGCAUCGACGAGAAGACGCGCGUCUCGGGCGAGGUCCCUCGCGGCGAGAACGGCUCCAUCCUGCCCACGACGAACCCCGACGUUGAGAAGAGCCAGCCCUCCAAGGCUCAGAUUCAUCCCGCACUCUACGUCAUUGUCUGGAUUUCGCUGUCGUCCUCGGUCAUUCUGUUCAACAAAUGGAUUCUCGAUACCCUCAACUUCCGCUACCCGGUCAUCUUGACAACCUACCACUUAACCUUUGCGACCAUUAUGACCCAGAUCCUUGCUCGCUGGACUCAUGUUCUUGACGGGCGCAAGUCGGUCAAGAUGACUGGCCGCGUUUACGUGCGGGCCAUUGUACCGAUUGGCAUCUUCUUCAGCUUGAGUUUGAUCUGCGGUAACCUGACAUACCUGUACCUUUCCGUCGCCUUCAUCCAGAUGCUCAAGGCCACUACCCCCGUCGCCGUUCUCCUCUCCGGAUGGGCUCUUGGUGUCUCCCAGCCUAACCUGAAGGUCUUCCUGAAUGUCUCCGUCAUUGUCGUCGGUGUCGUAGUCGCGUCGAUAGGCGAGAUCAAGUUCGUCUGGAUCGGUGUCAUCUACCAGAUUGGUGGUGUCAUUUUCGAGGCUCUGCGUCUCACCAUGGUCCAGCGCCUGCUCAGCUCUGCGGACUAUAAGAUGGACCCCCUCGUCUCCGUCUACUACUUCGCACCUAUUUGUGCCGCCAUGAAUCUGGCGGUUGCCCUGAUCUGGGAAAUCCCCAAGGUUACCAUGGAUCAAGUUUACAAUGUCGGCCUGUUCACCUUCUUCCUGAACGGUCUCUGCGCCUUCUUGCUGAACGUCUCUGUCGUCUUUCUGAUCGGCAAGACUUCUUCCCUCGUCCUGACCCUCUGCGGCGUCCUCAAGGAUGUCAUGCUGGUCGUCGCUUCCAUGAUGAUCUGGGGCACGCAGGUGUCUGGUCUUCAAUUCUUCGGUUACAGCAUUGCCCUCGGCGGCAUGGUCUACUACAAGCUCGGUUAUGAGCAAAUCAAGGGCUACAUGGGCGAGGCCGGUCGCCAAUGGGCCGACUUUGGUCAGCGUAAGCCCAUCCUUCGCAAGCUCAGCAUCAUCGUCCUCUCGGCGUUCGUCCUAUUCACCAUGCUCGGUGGCCUGGCACCGACGUACGCUCCUGAGUACGAUCCUCACAACCUUAUCAAUGAGGUUAACAGCCACUUCGGUAGCAGCAGGGCAUAG